AUGGUCAAGACGGUGAAGAAAGCCAAGGCGACUCACAGCAGCCAGACGAAGCAGAGGAUCAGGAAGGGCACGCUGCGCAGCGCGUUCGUGGCGAGCCUGAAAGCCGAGUCCGGCCGCCCCGACAUCGCGGCCGACCGCAAGUUCGCCUCGAAGGGCGCACGGAAGACGUUCCGGUCGGUGCCCAACAGGGAGAGGGCCGGCUACCCGGUGAAGCGGCUGAAGGGCUCCGUCGCCCCAGAAGACUGGGUGACCAACAGCGGCGACAAGAUCCACGUGGACCUGUCGAGGGCUCACUGGCUCCCCGACGAGUGGGGCCAGGGGGUGAAGAUCACCCACAUGGGGGCCGCGGCCAGGAGGGCCGAGAAGGACCACGGGUCCAGGGGCGUCCUGACCUGCUUCGUCGCGCCCGACGGCAAGAACUUCUUCCACAAGCACCUGUCGGAGGAGCACUCUGCCAAGAUGGGCUGGACGAAGAAGUUCACCCCCGAGGCGGGCAAGAACGGGCAGAUCCAGCUGGCCAAGGCGCAGGCCAUGCAGGCGCUGAGGCUGAUGCGCGAGGAGCUGCGAGAGGGUCAGGAGGUCGAGGGCGUUGACAAGGACUCGUCGCUGUUCAGGCUCCUGUCGGCGAAGGAGAGGAGGGCCCUGCCGGACAAGUCCGAGCUGCACUUCUGCGUCGUCUCCGCACGCCGCGCCUCGUCGUUCCCGGGCCUCGGGGACGUCUUCGUGGUGCAGAGGCAGCUGCAGGAGGCGGGCGUGGACCCCACCUGGUACGUGGACGCGGAGAGCGCGAAGGACUACCGCGCCCUCGGCUUCCGCGUGAAGGUCGGCGGGAAGCUCACGGAGUCGAGGAACAGGGCCCUGCAGGACGCGAAGCGGCUCGGAAAGGUGUGCGUGCAGCUCUCCGACGACAUCAGCGGCUGGGUGUACAUGGACGGCCCGCAGGCCAAGGUGCGCACCGACGACGCCUGCAACGCCGCCCACUCGGCGGCCCGCCGCAUCGUCUGCUCGCCCGUGGCGGCGGCGCGGUUCAUGCUGGCCAAGAUGCGCAGUGGUGCGCCGUUCGUUGACAAGAAUUUCAUUCUGGGCGACUUCUUCGUCGUGGACGGCGGCGACGUUAAGUUCGACCCGAAGAUGACCCUGAAGGAAGAUUACGACUUCACGUGUUCUCACUUGAAGGCUUAUGGCUGCGUGCUCAGGUGCCAGCGCAUGACCCUCUGUGUCAAGCACUACUCGAAUGCGGGGGGUGCCUGCAGCAACCGGGACAAGAAGGGUCUGGAGGAGAAGCGCAACAUCGCCAUUUUGAACGAGAAGUGGCCUGGCGUUUUCAGGCCCAACCCGAAGAGGAACAACGAGGUGAUCAUGCGGUGGAAGACGAAUGGCGUCGCGGCGGAAGGGGAGGACGAGGAGGCGGACGGCGACGGCGACCCGGGUGGCGACGCCAGCGGCUUUGGGGCAAGGCCACGGAAGAGAGCGCGGAAGUAG